UGCCAAUUCAGUUGUGUUCUAGAUUCGGUCGCGAUCGCGUGGUUUUCAAAUUAUUUAGUUGAUGGAAUAACCAUCUAUAAUAUAGUGAAAUAUUACGACAACAAAUCUGUAUCUGCCUUAUUGAAUACAGCCUGAAAACACCGAUACUUUAUCAAAAAUGCUUGGUGAAUUUGAUCGUUUUUGUGCUUAUGUCCUGUUAGUUUUCUCAACAGUGAUCGGAAAUUAUGCUCACUCAAUCAUCGAAAGUGAAUCGGCCGGGGUAAGCAAUGGAGCUGGGUAUCGCACUGGAACGCCCAUCACGGCACAAGAAUCAAAAUCCUUCUACAGGAUAAGUUGUCCAGGUUUGAGUGAAUGUGUCGCUUUGGCAGAAUGUCCAGAAUUGCUGCUGGAAACGGCUCGCCAAUGCUAUCGUGGCGACUUUUCGCUGUCCUGUGGGGUCAACGAACUGGAGCCACAUGUUUGCUGUCCACGAGAACCUGGUGGAUUCAACGACCGUAAUACUGAUGUCGGAUGCGGAAAAAGCAUCGUUCAAGGCGACUACUACAACGGCUUGGGAGCAUACCCCUUUGUGGCGCGAGUCGGAUUCAAAAAUACAAAAACGGGGUCAUUUAUUUACCCUUGCUCUGGAUCUAUCAUCGCCCGGCAAAUCAUUCUAACUUCGGCGCACUGUGCACUGGCCAAAGCCGAUAGCCAUCGAUUAUCAUCCGUCCGAAUUGGGGACUACGAUACACGCACCGACCCCGACUGCGGAAAUACCGGAUUUUGUGCACCAGCUGCCAUUAAUCACGCCGUUAGUCAGAUUAUUGUCCAUCCGGACUAUGUGGACGGCCAGUAUCACCAUGACAUAGCACUGCUCGUGCUCAAAACACCGAUCAAUUACACGGUGGCAGCUCAACCCAUCUGUUUGCACAGACGCCGGCAAGACCUAACCGUUGGAAAGCGCGUACAUAUCAUUGGAUGGGGCAAACUAUCUACCAGUGGAACCAAAUCGCCGGAACUGCAAUCGCUAGAAGUCCCUCUGACGUCAUGGGAUCAGUGCGUGAGGGCUUACUCCGCCACGGGUGCCCUGCAAUCUACCAAGUCCAUCGAAGGCGAGUGGAUGUGCGCUGGUGGUGAAGGUCGCGAUGCAUGCCUCGGCUUCGGGGGAGCCCCGCUAAUCAUCAGAGAACGCGACCGGUAUGCCCAGAUAGGAAUCAUGUCAUUUGGAGCGGAAACGUGCGGUGCUCUCAACAUGCCUAGCGUGUACACCUCGAUUGCGCACUACGCGCACUGGAUUGAGUCCAACUCGCCGACGACCUUUGUGUGAAAUAGGUAAUCGCCCUAAUCGGGCAGGAAACGCCAAUUAGGUAGUCAUAACGUUAUUUUUGUUGUAUGUUAGUUGUAUUUUUAUGUGCAAAAUGUGUAACAAUAAAGUGCUAAUCUCACGAUCACUUUAUCAGGUGACGUGCUCUGAACUAGAA